GAUGAACUCAGUACUCGUAGUCGAUGAACAGGGAAUCUGACCCGUUUGUUUUGUGCAUGUUUGGUUCUGCGUAAAAUCAGAACAGAACUUCAGAAGUUGGUCUUUUAGUUUUAUCAGUCGGAAAUGCAUCAUGGGAAAUCAGCUGACUGGUAUAGCGCCCUCACAGAUCUUUCCUGUGGAGCAUUACCUGACGGACGUCACAGACUAUGAAUUUGAUACCAGCCUCGGAAGCACCCGAUUCUUCAAAGUCGCACGGGCGAAGUACAAAGAGGGUCUUGCUGUCGUCAAGGUGUUCGCCAUCCACGAUCCGUCGCUGCCCCUGAAAUAUUACAAGGAUAAGCUGGAGGAGAUCAAGAAUAGGCUGAGUAGUUCCUCCAACUGUCUUCCCUUCCUCAGGAGCACGUUAUCGGACAAAGCAGCCUUGCUGUUCCGGCAGUACAUCCGCAACAAUCUCUACGAUCGCAUCAGCACCCGUCCGUUUCUCAACACCGUCGAGAAGAAAUGGAUAGCGUUCCAGUUGCUGUGUGCUAUCAACCAGGCCCAUCGCGUCAAGGUGUGUCAUGGUGACAUUAAGAGCGAAAACGUGAUGGUUACCGGCUGGAAUUGGGUUCUACUGACAGACUUUGCCAGCUUCAAGCCCACCUUCUUGCCAGCCGACAAUCCGGCUGAUUUUUCGUUCUUCUUUGACACCUCCCGGCGUCGCACCUGCUACAUUGCCCCAGAACGCUUCAUAGAGGGCAGCAUGCGUCAGUCGGAGACCGUUGAAUCGUCGGACACCUCGCUUCUGGAUGCUGGGUCUUUGAAGAGAGGAGAACUCACUCCGCAAAUGGACAUAUUCUCAACUGGCUGCGUGAUUGCCGAGCUGUUCACGGAAGGCCACGCCCCCUUCGACCUGUCGCAACUUCUUGCCUACUGCAACGGAACUUACAGUCCAGACACCGUCUUGAAUAAAAUAGAGGACCCCAGCAUUAAGGCUCUUGUAGAACACAUGCUACAAAAGGAUCCAUCCAAGCGCUUAUCUGCAGAGGAGUAUUUGAAGCAGUGGAAGACCAAGGCUUUCCCCGAUGUGUUCUACAGCUAUCUCAAGGUCUUCCUGGGAGAUUUCGCUGGUAUCCCCAUCCUUCCAUCAGACGAGAAAAUCGCAAGGCUUAAGAGAGACAUGGGUAAGAUCAUUGAGACACUCUCUUCUUCUGAUGAGAAGCAAGACGGAUGCAAAGACAACAACAACGGGCUGAUUAUCGUCUUGUCUCUUGUCACCUCCUGCCUCAGAACGCUCAAGUUUUGCAUCUCCAAGUUAGCUGCGUUGGAGAUCCUACUGAUGAUUGCUCAUCAUAUCCCUGACGAUCUCAUACUGGACCGAAUCAUUCCACACAUGGUUCAUUUUAUUAGCGAUCCCUUCCCCAGAGUGAGAGCAGAGGCCAUCCGAACUCUAAGCCAAACACUAACCAUCGUCAACUCAGUACCCAGAAGCGAUGCCAAUAUUUUUCCAGAGUAUAUUCUUCCGAACUUGGCAAACCUACCACAGGAUGACAUCGUCCUAGUCCGCGUAGCCUACGCAGAGAACAUUGCCGUCUUGGCAGAGACAGCACUGCGAUUUCUGGAGAUGGUCCAGCUAGACCACACAUCAACGCAAGAUGCGCAGGCCGACUCUGUGCCAGACCCUAACGUCCAAUAUCAGGCCAGUUAUGAUGACGAACUACAGAAUCUACACGGCAUGAUCCAGCAGAAAGUCGUCACCCUGCUCAGCGACACGGAGAACAUUGUCAAGCAGACUCUCUUGGAGAACGGCAUCACAAGGCUGUGUGUGUUCUUCGGUCGACAGAAGGCUAACGACGUCCUGCUGUCUCAUAUGAUCACCUUCCUCAAUGAUAAGAAUGACUGGCAUCUUCGUGGAUCCUUCUUCGACAGUAUCGUUGGAGUCGCAGCUUAUGUCGGUUGGCAGAGCUCCUUCAUUCUCAAACCUCUUAUCCAACAGGGCUUGUGUGACUCAGAAGAGUUUGUCAUCUGUAAAGCCUUGACUGCCCUGACAAGUCUGAUAGAGUUGGGUCUGCUACAGAAACCGAUAAUCUUAGACCUAGCCUCAGAGAUAGUACCCAACCUCUGCCAUCCGAAUCUGUGGAUUAGACAAGGCACAGCCGGUGUCAUCGCCGUCAUCGCAGGCAACUUCAACAUCGCCGACGUGCAUUGCAACCUGAUCCCACUUCUGCAACCGUUUAUCAAGCAGCCGAUCAUACAAGUGGAUAAGGAGCCAAUCCUGCUGAACGUUCUGAAGCCUCCGGUUCCCCGCCCUGUCUACGAUUACAUCCUGAGAUCCUCGCUGAUCGAGAGCUUGUUUGACAACCUGCAGGAUCGUCAGCUGUUGAGGAAUCUCUGUCGUCCUGGUCACAAGCCCAGCUACAGUCAGCCGGACAGCCCCGGCCUGGCACAGCUCCUCAGAAAACUCCAAUCUCAAGGAAUGACAGAACCUGAUGAGGACAAGCUGUUAUUACUCAAGGACAUCAUGAUGAAACAACAACAAGCCAAGUCAAAUCCCAAUGAUCAACCCCCGCCCUCCCCCGGACCGGACAACCCCAACAUCCCAGGUAUCAUCAACAUUCUGGCGCUGGAGAAGGAAUCGCCUGUCCAGAAAUACCACGCCGAUCUGAUCAAACCCCCGGAGCUACGGUCGGACGCCUCAGAGAAAGCUCCUAGAAAGUUGAAGAAAAGAUCCAGCAAUAUUGAGCCUGCCAUGAUGAACGAGGAAUGGAAGAGCAUGUUUGGCACGAGCGAGCCAGCUAGGACCUCGAAGGCACCCCAGCAGCCCACCAGCCCUGUCCACCCUGCCCAAGACGCCAUGGCUACCCUCAACGCUGGCCCCAAGAGCCCAGGACCGACCAGCCAGCAAGGCGGCAAGUCCCAGCCCACGGGUCUAUCCACUCUGGGCCCCAUCUCAAUGUCUCAACUCCAGGCAGCUGCUGACGGUAUUCCGGAGAAGAAACCGUUGGCUCCGGUCCAAGAGAACAGGCUACCGCCAAUCCAAACUCUUGUCGCAACUUGUAAGCUGGAACUGAGUCGCCUUGUUCAACAGAAGCGAGAGCAGUACGUGGCUGACGUGACGCGCAAGACACUCAUAGAAGAAGCAGCCAUUGAGACCAAGAUUCCACCAUCGUCAUGGAAACCUAAGGGUCUUCUGGUGGCCCACUUGCACGAACAUAAGGCGGCCGUCAACAGGAUUCAGUUGAGCCACGAUCACAUGUUCUUCGCCACAUGCUCCAGCGACGGCACAGUCAAAGUUUGGGACACGUCGCGACUCCUCGGCAAGAGUAACACCAAUCGGUCUCGCCAGACCUAUAACCGCCAACCUGGACGAAUAAAAGCACUGACGUUCUGCCAGUCAUCGCAUAGCAUCGCUUCGGCAUCAGACGAUGGCUCCAUACAUGUCAAUAGGAUUGAGGCCGGCGCACCGCGAUUCAGCCUGCUACACAAGACUAACCUGGACAUCCAUGAGGAAGGAUUUGCUGUCGACAUCACCCACUUUGAUACAGGAUCGCAGUCAGUGGUAACCUACGCGACAGUCCAGGGUUACUUAGUGGGUUGGGAUCUCAGGGCACCAGGGAUAGCAUGGAGGCUCCGCAACCAAUCAAAACACGGGUUGAUCACCUCCUUCGCUGUGGACCCCCAUCAGUGUUGGAUGGCCGUGGGGACCAGCAAAGGAGCACACACCUGCUGGGAUCUACGCUUCCAGCUGCCGAUCAGCACCUUGCAUCAUCCCACAGCUUCUCAUGUGCGUCGGAUUAGUCUGCACCCCAACCACCCAUCCUGGAUCAUCUCCGCAGUGCAAGGCAACAAUGAAGUGUCUAUGUGGGACAUGGAGACCGGGGCCAGACAGUUCACGCUAUGGGCUAGCCCUUCGCCUCCCCUCUCCCAAACACAGACCUCCAACCACGCCGUUCACGGCAUGUACUGCAUCCCAUCCAACGAACACUCCCCAAGUUUCUUGACGGCGGGCUCGGACCAGCGACUGCGCUAUUGGAGUCUGACCAAUCCUGAGCACUCCGGUAUCAUAGCCGGGUCUGUCAACGAUCCGCCUAUCCAACCAGCCGUCACGUACAAGCGGAGAUUGAUUGACGGAACAGAGGUGAUUGUAGAGACCUACGACAAACACCGCGGUGCGACAAACGUCGGCGAGUCAGGACGUCAAGGCACGGAGCAGGUUCCCGUCGGUCAUCGUAACGUCAUCACGGAUCUGGGCGUCUUUCUGAUAUCGCCUAGCAGCGCCGCCGUGGCUACGACUUCACAGGAUGGUGUGGUCAAAAUAUGGAAGUAAAUCUGUUGUGUUGAGACCAAGGACUAAAUUACAUGGAGCAGAAAUUUAUUAAGCACAGAACAUAUUUGCUUAGUAAAAACUGGUUACCAGCCAAAAGUGUGUGCAUUGUCCAUUGCCUGUGGCUGGUACCAAGCUUGAUUUGUUAAGGUACAGUUUCAGCUUAGCAGUUUCGUGGAAUUAGCCCCUUGAUUUUGAACCCAUGUACAAGCAUUACAUUCACUGUGUGGACUUCCAAACAAAAGAGGUCCACAUA